GGAUGUGAUUGUAAUAAAAAUGUAUAUACGCCGAUACCUUGCCUACGUACAAGUGAUGCGCGGAUAGAACACAGGAUGAGGUCUCUGCUCUUGGUGGAACGCUUGGUUUCAAUAUCUUACGCGAUGGCGAAUGACCAUCAUGUCGCUGCGAGACAAAUGGCCAUGGCUAAGCCCUACUUCAGCAACGCAUUUCCCGACGAAUCCUUGUGCAUAUCAAAAAAUCCAUAUCGGAGCUUAGCGCCGAAAAUCGGUUACGCCUAUACAUGCAUGUUCCACCAUCUUGUUCUGUUCGAACAUCCGCUUGAAAUUGACAGCAAGGCAGAGGUCCCGACUCUCGCCGAUCACAACAGAGGAACGGCCACCUGUUUUAACGCGACGGCCAAUGUAACAAACGUGGUGUGGCCGGAUCUGCCCCAAUCUAUUUCAGACCUUACUCGAUGUUCAGCGGCAUCCUGCAUCGGUGGUUCGCAAAAAGAGCGCAACCGGGGGCUUGAAACCGGCGAUGUGUAUUUAUAGGACGGUACGCCACAGCAGCGUUAUCCAGCGCUCGUCGGUCUCUCAUGCUCAGCAGCGCCC